CGCAGCCCCGGUUGGAUAAAACCUGGCUGAGUGUUGGCAGUAUACACACACAACACAAGACAACACAACACAUCACACAGCAGCCCCUUGCCUCUUUGAGUACAACCUGGACACACGCACACACUGUGUAUCACACCGCCGGAGUGAGCCAUCAUUUGGAUAAUAUCACGGUAUCUGCUGGGGGACGCUUUUUAUCUCUGAGCUGCGUCGCUGAAAGUUCUAGAUAAACAACCUGAUGGACAGACACAAGUCACCUGAAGUCGAUAUUCAGCUGUAUUUCCCUGCCGAGAGCCACGCGCAUGCUCGACGGUGCGUUCAGGAGCACACUCAUGCCAGACGAGGCAGGCCAGGGAGUAAAAACACUUUAAAGUGGGGCAGCGUGGAGGAGAACGUGACGUUCAGCUGGUGGAGCAGAGAGCAGAGACUCAGGGAAAUGUCCAGCAACAGUGGGAGAGGUCAUGGGGGUCUUAACCAACUAGGUGGAAUGUUUGUUAAUGGUCGCCCGCUUCCGGAGGUGAUCCGCCAACGCAUCGUGGACAUGGCCCACCAAGGGGUUCGGCCCUGUGACAUCUCACGGCAGCUCCGAGUCAGCCAUGGCUGCGUCAGCAAGAUCCUGGGACGUUACUACGAGACAGGCAGUAUCAAACCUGGUGUGAUCGGCGGCUCCAAACCUAAGGUGGCCACCCCGAAAGUUGUGGAUAAAAUCGCAGACUACAAAAGGCAGAAUCCCACCAUGUUCGCCUGGGAGAUCAGAGACAGGCUGCUGACAGAGGGAGUGUGUGACAGCGACACAGUGCCCAGCGUUAGCUCCAUUAACAGAAUAAUUCGAACAAAAGUCCAGCAGCCGUUCAACCUGCCUCUGGAUGGAAAGGGCCUGAGUCCUGGACACACCUUAAUCCCCAGUUCGGCAGUCACUCCUCCUGAGUCUCCACACUCAGACUCUUUGGGCUCCACCUACUCCAUCAGUGGCUUGUUAGGUAUCCCUCAACCCAGCGCCGAGGGCAAGAGGACCCACGAUGACAGUGAUCAGGAGAGUUGUCGGCACAGCGUGGACUCUCAGGGCAGCGGGGGCGUCCCGAGGAAACAGAUGAGGGUGGAUCACUUCUCAGCAGCCUCGCAACAUCUGGACUGUGGGUUCGAUCGUCACCACUAUCCAACAGACUCAUUCUGCGGCACGUCCAGCAGCAAAACAGAACAGACUUUGUACCCGCUCUCCCUCAUCAAUGGCAGCCUAGAGGAGGCCAAGACCAGCCUCUCCACAUCCUCGUCCGCCAUCAGCCGAAAUCUGUCGGCACACCAGAGCUACACAAUGGUCACCGAGCCCCUCCAGUCGCUUCCGCUCUGUCUGAAACAGGAAAUGUCCCCGGAAGUGACGAGCACGAGCCCCUCCCCGAACAUGGCCUUGUCCAACCUGGCGUUCGUGGAGCUGCAGGCGCUGCAGAAGCCCGUUUCUGUCGGCGGCAGCAACAGUUGCGGGAACUCUAACCAUUUCCCUAACGCCUUCAACUCAUUCUCCCAUCAUGCACCUGUGUAUGGGCAGUUCAGCAGUCAGCCUAUCAUCUCAGGGCGGGAAAUGGUGAGCUCCACUCUGCCAGGUUACCCACCUCACAUCCCCUCCCCGGCUCAGUCAGGAUACACCACCUCCGCCAUCACAGGCAUGGUAGCAGCAGGUGCAGAGUACUCGGGUCAGACCUACAGCCACUCACCGUACACCUCUUACAGCGACGCCUGGAGGUUCACCAACUCCUCCAUACUGGGUUCACCGUAUUACUACAGCUCGGCCUCCCGUACUGCUCCUCCGUCUUCAGCCGCCUAUGACCACCUCUAGUCCCUUCUGUGAGGGACCGACACAGCUGUUCAUGGACAUGAAUGGACCAGGAAGAUGAAGAACUGGAGAUCAUUGCAUCAGCUGACACGUGAUGAAGGACCAAGUCAAAGCUGGACGUGAACUUGAGACUGUGCUGAUGAACCAGCGGAACAUGUCACCUCCUCCUCCUCUGUUAUUUAUUUGUCAUUAGUGAUACCUUUGCCAUGGUGACUCUGACUCAUGCACGUUUACACAUUGCUAACUCCUCACAGGGCCAAUACAAGGUGCAGUCUCUUUAACGCUUUUAGGCCAAAGACUUCUUGCAGAUCUGCAACACACACCACUGAUCCAGUCAAAACAGAUAUGCAACUUCUUUGUACUGAACUAUGCCUGAUUUUUGUUUACAAUACUUUUUGUCCUAUCAUUACAAAUCGAUCCCUCUUUCUUGAUCUGUGCCUGCUUGUUUUCAGUGUAAAUUCAGACUGUCAGAGCUCCCCUGUUGUGAAAAUAGACGAUGAAGAGACACAUUGGAAUACAAUUACAAUGAAAUGGCCACAUCUCCCCCCUCAAAGAUAAUUAAUGUAUUUGUCUAGCAAUAUGUACAUAUUGUAAAUGAUGAAUGACCUAUAAGGAAGUGAUGCAAUUUUUCUCAGAGAAUGACUGAUGAUGAUGAUUUGGCUACUAAAACCAACAAGGCUUGAAAUGUUUGUUUUGCGUCAAAUAAAUUUAGUUUGUUGUCAUGCUGAUGUUCCGAUGUUUGGUAAGAACUGUGACUAUUUUUUCUUAUACUGAUAUUAAUAUUAUUGCAGAUGUAAA